AGGUUCCCCUCAUAUGAGCAUCUGAAGGCGUUUUGGAACUUGAUCGAGGCAGCAACAGCCAAAAUGGUCAGGGUCACCAGAGCAAAGAAAACCGACGUCAUGAGUACAACAACUGAAACCCCUUUUACCAGACCAACUAAACUGCUGCCAAUAGAUGAGCUUUUUCUUUUCCUCUCCUACCUGUCUACUGGAUGUACCCAGAGGGAACUGGGCCAUCGAUUUAACAUCCACAGAGCAACAGUCAGCCGCAUUAUUGUGACAUGGGCCAACUUCCUGUACUGCUUAUUGGGCUCAAUUUGUGUGUGGAUGUCUCCUGCAGCUGUGAGUUCCAGUCUUCCACAGGAUUUUGAUGGCCGCUACAGUGACACACAAGUUAUCCUGGACUGUACAGAACUACGGUGUCAAACACCUUCAUCCCUGCUCCUCCAGAGUGAAGUCUUCUCCACCUACAAAUCCCACUGUACCUUUAAGGCCAUGGUGGGCAUGUCUCCUCACGGAGCCCUGACAUUUGUGUCAGCACUGUUUGAGGGUUCCAUGAGUGACAAGGAAGUGUUCCGUCAAUCAGGGAUUACAUCACUCUUGACACUGGACAUGGCCAUCAUGGUGGACAAGGGAUUCUUGGUGGAUGAUCUCGUACCUGGGACUGUUCAUCGUCCUGCCUUCCUCUCCAAGAGGGCCCAAAUGUCAGAGGUCGACGUUUUGAAGACCCAGUCCAUUGCCCGUUUGAGGGUGCAUGUUGAGAGGUUAAUAAGAAGAGUUAAAGAAAAUAAACUCUUUGAUUCCACUAUCCCUCUCUCCAUUGCAGGAAGCAUAAACCAAAUUUUUACAGUUGCCUGUCUCCUGUCAAAUUACCAAAAUGGACCUUUGGUCAGGAAAUGGAGAUAUGAAGUUUGACAGAAAAGCUGAUGGCACAGUCUUGA